AUGGUGGCAGUGGACCUCCAAGGGCUGCCGGAAGAGGGGUGGCACUACCAUCAGCUGCAUCGGCCCUCCAUGGAAGUGGGGCACCACCAGCUGUGUCGGCCCUCCAUGACCCCGUGCCCGAGCAGGGGGCUGCCCCAGAACUGUCCCCAGAAGACCCGCAAGAAGCUCCAAGUCAUCAUCUGCAUCCUGCUGGUGGAGCUGUUUGAGAGGUUCACCUUCUUUGGGAUCGUGUGUAACAUGAUCCUGUUCUGUACGGUCAAGCUGGGCUAUGAUCACUACCAGGCUGCUACCGUCAACCUGUGCUUUGUUGGGGCCAGCACACUCACUCCUGUGCUGGUGGGAUGGUUUGCUGAGACCUGCCUUGGGAGAACCAAGGUGCUCUACUUGUGCGCUCUGCUCCACCUCUUUGGUAAGGUGCUCCUGUUUGUUUUCAAGGGGAGGGGGAAGUUUGGAACAUUGAUGUUGAACACUUAUCCUUUUAUAUUGGUAUAGGGAAUACUUAUUGGUCAAACUGAUUUAAUUCAUGUAACAUCAUUUUUACUGUUUUCAAAGCUUUAUUUUCUCAAUGCCUAAUCAUUAUCUAUCUCUUAAUGCAGAAUAAUUUCUGUGGAUUAUAGUCUCUUAGAGAAACUACAGGGUGGGGGGAUGGGGAUUAAGGUUCUGAGUUUACAAUACAUUUGCAUUGAAGGAGAAGAUGUGUGGAGUGUGGACUGCACUGCAUUACAUUGCUAGUUUUAUGGGUUCCAACAAAGGUUUUCUACUCCUUCAUUCGAAAUAUAAUCAUUUCUUACCAUGGCCAUUUCAGCAGUUCAGCUGUAAGGCCAGUUUCGGUCUAGAGACAUGUAUAGAAAUACAUGGGUCUGAGUGCUUUGGGUGAGAAAUGCAUCAGAGGACUGCGUGUGCUCAAUGUUAGCAGUUGGACUCUGGAUGUGAGCUCAAACCAACCCCAUUACUUAUGAUGACUCAUUAUUUGAAGUUGCUGUCUCAUCUCAGAGUUGCAGCCCAACACACAGUAAUAGUAGGGAGCUCAGAAGUAGGGAUUUAACAUUUUUUUUACAUUUUAGUCAUUUUAGCAGACGCUCUUAUCCAGAGCGACUUACAGUUAGUGAGUGCAUACAUUUUCAUACUGGGAUCUGAGAAGUAGAGAGCUCAGAAGUAAUUCAGCCCUAAUGUGUAAACUACACUGCUCAAAAAAAUUAAGGGAACACUAAAAUAACACAUCCUAGAUCGGAAUGAAUGAAAUAAUCUUAUAAAAUAUUUUUUUCUUUACAUAGUUGAAUGUGCUGACAACAAAAUCACACAAAAAUUAUCAAUGGAAAUCAAAUUUAUCAACCCAUGGAGGUCUGGAUUUGGAGUCACCCUCAAAAUUAAAGUGGAAAACCACACUACAGGCUGAUCCAACUUUGAUGUAAUGUCCUUAAAACAAGUCAAAAUGAGGCUCAGUAGUGUGUGUGGCCUCCACGUGCCUGUAUGACCUCCCUACAACGCCUGGGCAUGCUCCUGAUGAGGUGGCGGAUGUCUCCUGAGGGAUCUCCUCUCAGAUCUGGACUAAAGUAUCCGCCAACUCCUGGACAGUCUGUGGUGCAACGUGGCGUUGGUGGAUGGAGCGAGACAUGAUGUCCCAGAUGUGCUCAAUUGGAUUCAGGUCUGGGUAACGGGCGGUCCAUAGCAUCAAUGCCUUCCUCUUGUAGGAACUGCUGACAAACUCCAGCCACAUGAGCUCUAGCAUUGUCUUGCAUUAGGAGGAACCCAGGGCCAACCACACCAGCAUAUGGUCUCACAAGGGGUCUGAGGAUCUCAUCUCGGUACCUAAUGGCAGUCAGGCUACCUCUGGCGAGCACAUGGAGGGCUGUGCGGCCCCCCAAAGAAAUGCCACCCCACACCAUGACUGACCCACCGCCAAACUGGUCAUGCUGGAGGAUGUUGCAGGCAGCAGAACGUUCUCCACGGCGUCUCCAGACUCUGUCACGUCUGUCACGUGCUCAGUGUGAACCUGCUUUCAUCUGUGAAGGGCACAGGGCGCCAGUGGCGAAUUUGCCAAUCUUGGUGUUCUCUGGCAAAUGCCGAACGUCCUGCACGGUGUUGGGCUGUAAGCACAACCCCCACCUGUGGACGUCGGGCCCUCAUACCACCCUCAUGGAGUCUGUUUCUGACCGUUUGAGCAGACACAUGCACAUUUGUGGCCUGCUAGAGGUCAUUUUGCAGGGCUCUGGCAGUGCUCCUCCUGCUCCUCCUUGCACAAAGGUGGAGGUAGCAGUCCUGCUGCUGGGUUGUUGCCCUCCUACGGCCUCCUCCACGUCUCCUGAUGUACUGGCCUGUCUCCUGGUAGCGCCUCCAUGCUCUGGACACUACGCUGACAGACACAGCAAACCUUCUUGCCACAGUUCGCAUUGAUGUGCCAUACUGGAUGAGCUGCACUACCUGAGCCACUUGUGUGGGUUGUAGACUCCGUCUCAUGCUACCACUAGAGUGAAAGCACCGCCAGCAUUCAAAAGUGACCAAAACAUCAGCCAGGAAGCAUAGGAACUGAGAAGUGGUCUGUGGUCACCACCUGCAAACCAGUCCUUUAUUGGGGGUGUCUUGCUAAUUGCCUAUAAUUUCCACCUGUUGUCUAUUCCAUUUGCACAACAGCAUGUGAAAUGUAUUGUCAAUCAGUGUUGCUUCCUAAGUGGACAGUUUGAUUUCACAGAAGUGUGAUUGACUUGGAGUUACAUUGUGUUGUUUAAGUGUUCCCUUUAUUUUUUUGAGCAGUGUAUUUAGAAUUAAUUUUAUAAAGCCCUUUUUACAACAGCAGUUGUCACAAAGUGUUAGGCAACUGAAAAUGAGGUGAUUCUGAGGAAAUAAGUUCUGUAAUAUUAGAUAUAGUGGUGUAACUACAGUUGACCCCCAGUGUAGGCCUCUGCCAACUGACCAUGGGAGUCCACCCUCUCUAGUGUUGGUGAACACAUAAUAAGGAGAGGGAGUACAAACCAUCGACGCUAGACAGAGAGGAAUUUGCUUAAUGCAAAAAGGCAGUUUAUUAAAACAGAGAGAUCUUGUCCUGCUCAAGCUACAUGCAUGGACCCCAAUCAAUUGCCUCUUAUGGAGACAGUUGAGAAGGAUGUUUAAACAGAGUUUACAGCAUUACUUUAUACAAUGUAACAUAAAGGAAGGGGUCCUUCUUCUAGUCCCUUGAUUGGUUCCCGAGGCGUAGGAGGCGGGUCUGCUCUGUCCAGAGCAGAUGCCCCAUUGGUGCACGGCAGAGUCCUCUGCCCUUGGCACCCGACCAGUAGACAGGGGAGUUGAGUAUGAGUGUGCGUGCAAAUGAAAUAUUGGUGUGUGUCAAGAGAAAGUGGUGGGGAGUAACUGGUGGUUUAUGGCCGGAGAGGGGGUGUUGUCCUGUUAUCGCAUUCCUGCAAGACUAGGUCAUCUGGUGAGAAGAUAAGGUGUUCUCCUCUGUCCUUUGUUCUCUGACCUGGAACAGCAUUUAUUGAAAACAGGCUCCAAAUGGGUCUUGCGCAACAUUUUAGUCAGACCAAUCUAUAACAAAUUAUAUUUACUACGACACUAGCGACAUCUCUAAGGACCAUGCCUGCUUGUAAAAAUAACUGUUUAUUAUACCCCAACACCUAAUGGGUUCUCUCUGUCUCCUGAAUUACUCCCACAGCCUAUCUAACUAGCCUCAGUCUACCUGACUAGCCUAACUUGCAUCUCAAUUAACGUUAGAUCCAAUGAGACUUAACACAUAACAAAAUCAAAUCAAAUCAAAUCAAAUUUUAUUGGUCACAUGCGCCGAAUACAACAGGUGCAGACAUUACAGUGAAAUGCUUACUUACAGCCCUUAACCAACAGUGCAUUUAUUUUAAACAAAAAAGUAAGAAUAAAACAACAACAAAAAAGUGUUGAGAAAAAAAAAGAGCAGAAGUAAAAUAAAGUGACAGUAGGGAGGCUAUAUAUACAGGGGGGUACCGUUGCAUAGUCGAUGUGCGGGGGCACCGGCUAGUUGAGGUAGUUGAGGUAAUAUGUACAUGUGGGUAGAGUUAAAGUGACUAUGCAUAAAUACUUAACAGAGUAGCAGCAGCGUAAAAAGGAUGGGGUGGGGGGGCAGUGCAAAUAGUCCGGGUAGCCAUGAUUAGCUGUUCAGGAGUCUUAUGGCUUGGGGGUAGAAGCUGUUGAGAAGUCUUUUGGACCUAGACUUGGCACUCCGGUACCGCUUGCCGUGCGGUAGCAGAGAGAACAGUCUAUGACUAGGGUGGCUGGAGUCUUUGACAAUUUUGAGGGCCUUCCUCUGACACCGCCUGGUAUAGAGGUCCUGGAUGGCAGGGAGCUUUGCCCCAGUGAUGUCCUGGGCCGUACGCACUACCCUCUGUAGUGCCUUGCGGUCAGAGGCCAAGCAGUUGCCAUACCAGGCGGUGAUGCAACCAGUCAGGAUGCUCUCGAUGGUGCAGCUGUAGAAUUUUUUGAGGAUCUGAGGACCCAUGCCAAAUCUUUUUAGUCUCCUGAGGGGGAAUAGGCUUUGUCGUGCCCUCUUCACGACUGUCUUGGUGUGUUUGGACCAUGAUAGUUCGUUGGUGAUGUGGACACCAAGGAACUUGAAGCUCUCAACCUGUUCCACUACAGCCCCGUUAACAUAAGGGUAUUGUGAGUGGCGCCAAGUAGACAAAUCAUCUAGAUAGCUAGCUAUGUAUUGAGGUCUAAGUCUUGAAAGCUAAUAUGCCACAUACAAUGGCGCAUUGAUUGCAGUACAUUAAUUAUCAGUACAUUUAGUAGCCUAUUGUUUGUCAUAGACUCGUGGCUCAGAUCAACUAGCCUAGCUCAUCUAGCUAGUUAGCAAUUAGCUACCUUGAUUUUGCAAGUUUGGAUUUUACGACAGUUUGGAAUUUGGUAACUGGUUAUGUUAUUCCUAAACUGACUGAUCUGAGUCUGACAGUGCGUAUAGAGAUAUUUGAAAAUCAUUCGAGACACUUAGCUACUGGAGCUAGCAUCUUAGUAAAAAAAAACGUGCAUCUAAGAUGAUGCAAAAAAACGUUAACUUACCUUUAUCUUAUCUUACAUUCUAAAUUAAACUUCCUUCUGUUUCAGUAUUCACCAGCUCUGCUAUCACUGUCAUGUACAUGGCUGCACUUUCAAAUGUGUGCCUACUUCUACCAACCCCUGUACAUUUUCCCAAUCCAAAUAAAAUCCCUCUAAUGAAAAUCUGAUUCCACUCCCACGUCCUACCUCAGGCACAGCCAUGCUCCCAGUGGUGGCGUUCCCGUUCGAGGACUUCUACAUCGACACACACAACAUGAUCCACCAGCUGGAGCACCGGGAGCAGCACAUCCUGUUCUACACUGGCCUGCUGGCAGCUGCCCUGGGCAUCGGCGGCAUCCGUGCCAUCCUCUGUCCCAUGGGGGCAUACAAACUACAGGGCUACGACCAGCACCAGCUACUCUCCUUCUUCAACUGGUGGGUUGCUGCGUUAUAGAGGGGUGUGUAUGUGCUAUACAUGGUAGAGGUGAUGCCUUGAAACAGUAACUAAACUAGUAACUUGACCAUUCAGAGAGGGGGGAUACACAUUUAACCUGUUGUAUUGGACAGACUUGAAAAAGUCUGCAAAAACAGGGAGUCAAAGUCAUACUGAUCUUACUUUGAUUUUAUUCAUCUGACAUUGAUCAAAAACACAUAUGAAGCCAUAAGUACUUGCCCAUCUACUAAUAUAGACAGAAAUUGAGUGGUCAAUAUCUGGAAUAAAACAUCUAAAUAAAAUAACAUUUUAUCUGUCAUAUGUGCCAUGAAAUGCUUACUUACGAGCCCUUAAUCAAAAAAAUUGCCACUCCUUUUUAACAGUGCUUUUUACAAAGGCAGAGCAUGUUUAACUAAAAUAAAAUAAAUAAAACCCCAAUAGAGCAAGCCUAGGGUUAGUGUACCAGAACCAUAACAUGUUAGGAGGGGUUUGAGUGUUGUUAGAUCAUGGUCAUGCUGGCAGGUGGCAUAUCUUUAGAGAUGAUCCUAAAUCAACUCCAAACCCAGGGUAGAGGGGCUCAGUGAAUAUAGUCUGAACUCUGUGGAGGAGGGUCAUUGUGUCAGAGACGCUGUAGAAGGACAGAGUACCUGCCUUGUGGUCCAGGUACACUCCUACUCUGGAGGAGCGGGGGACAGGGAUUUUGGUUUUGUUGUUAUUAUUGUGCCAGAAUGAACAACUGGAGGGAGAGCAGACCAAACUCCAGGAUUGAUCAUUGUGUCCAAAGCAACAGUCAUUGCCCCAGCCUUUCCUGCUGAUCCCUCUGUAUGAGACCGCCACAUCAACGAUGCCCCCGCUCCACUCUACCUCCCAGUAGCAGGUUUCAGCCAGACCCACUUUGCACAGAGCCUGGUGAUAGUAAGUAAACCUUUCUGGAUGGUCUGAAUAGGCCUGGGCCUUGUCACUCCAUGCUAUAUCCUUGUUUCUGUUGGACAGAGAGAGGGUUGCACAUGCUGUGUUGGGAUCCACUUCCAUGCUUCGAUAGUCUGCAAAAGAGGUCGUACAAGAUACUAGGUCAGUGCUGUGUGUGUGUGUGUGUGUGUGUGUGUGUGUAUGUGUGUGUGUGUGUGAGAGAGAGAUGGGAGGAGGCAAAGAGAGAAAGAGAGAGAAAGGGCGAGGUUGAGAGAGAGAGAGGCGGGAGUGAAAAAAGUAAGCCGUGCUCAGCAUCAUUAUUAAUAUAUUAUUAUAUAUAUAAUAUUGUGGCAUCGAGAAACAAGGAGGUGCUUGGAGAAGAAGAAGAACAGAGGCUUCGGAGAGAGAGGUUGAGCUGGAGGAAGCAGAAGUGUUGUUUAAAGCUGAAAGCACGUCGAGUACCCCGAGUACAUCGAGACACUUUUGAAGUCACGAGGAUGGUGAAGAAGACGCUGGGAAAAGUGGAUGCCGUCAAAGUAACAAGGAGUGGUAUGGUGUUGAUAUGGUUUGUAUCUAAAGAGCAAAAGGAGUGUGCAUUGUGGCUCGCGGAAUUAUCGACACAUGAAGUGGACAGCUGGGCAUUGGGCCAGUAAGUGAAAGGUCGCUGGUUCGAAUCCCCGAGCCAACUAGGUGAAACAUAUGUCAAUGUGCCCUUGAGCAAGGCACUUAACCCUAAUUGCUCCUGUAAGUCGCUCUGGAUAAGAACGUCGGCUAAAUUAUGAAACAUUUAAUUAAAAAGAGGCCACAGUGCUGAAGAAGAUAUGGCGGUGGAUGCACCGCAACCAGUUGCAAAUGUUAUACGUCAAUCAAGUGAUCUGGAUAGACUUAUUUGGAAGAAGGUGGAUUUUGUAGCAUUUAUAGCCACAGUUAUUAAUUGUACUGCACAAGUGUCCAAGAAGCUGGACAUCAUUAUAUCUGCAGGCAAGACGUUUUUUGGGGCCUCCAAGACUUCACGGCAGAAGCACUGCAAGGACUACUGUCGCCAGGAAAGGUCCUUCUGAGCCUGUGUAGGGACCUGAUUAGAAUGUUGUUAGAAAAGCAGGCUGAUUUAGUUUAAUUUAAAUGUUGUUAGUGAUAGUUUGUGUAUAUACACAGUACAUUCAGACUCGUUCCCUUUUUCCAUAUUUUAUUCUAAAAUUGAUUUUAAAAAAAAAUAAUCUCAUCAAUCUACACACAAUACCCCAUAAUGACAAAGUGAAAACAGGUUUUUAGAAAUGUUUGCAAAUGUAUUAAAAAUAAAAAAUAAAUACCUUAAGUAUUCAGACCCUUUGCUAUGAGACGCGAAAUUGAGCACAGGUGCAUCCUGUUUCCAUUGAUCAUCCUUGAGAUGUUUCUACAACUUGAUUGGAGUCCAACUGUGGUAAAUUCAAUUGACUGGACAUGAUUUGGAAAGGCACACACCUAACUUAUAAGGUCCCACAGUUGACAGUGCAUGUCAGAGCAAAAUCCAAGCCAUGAGGCCAAAGAAUUGUCUGUAGAGCUCCGAGACAGGAUUGUGUCUAGGCACAAAUCUGCGGAAGGGUACCAAAAAAUGUCUGCAGCAUUGAAGGUCCCCAAGAACACAGUGGCCUCCAUCAUUCUUAAAUGGAAGAAGUUUGGAACCACCAAGACUCUUCCUAGAGCUUUCCGCCCGGCCAAACUGAGCAAUUGGGGGAGAAGGGCCUUGGUCAGGGAGGUGACCAAGAACCCAAUGGUCAUUCUGACAGAGCUACAGAGUUCCUCUGUGGAGAUGGGAGAACCUUCCAGAAAGACAACCAUCUCUGCAGCACUCCACCAAUCAGGUCUUUAUGGUAGAGUGGCCAGACGGAAGCCACUCCUCAGUAAAAGGCACAUGACAGCCCGCUUGGAGUUUGCCAAAAGGCACCUAAAGGACUCUCAGACCAUGAGAAACAAGAUUCUCUGGUCUGAUGAAACCAAGAUUGAACUCUUUGGCCUCAAUGCCAAGCGUCACGUCUGGAGGAAACCUGGCACCAUCCCUACGGUGAAGCAUGGUGGUGGCAGCAUCAUGCUGUGAGGAUGUUUUUCAGCGGCAGGGACUGGGAGACUAGUCAGGAUCGAAGGAAAGAUGAAUGGAGCAGAGUACAGAGAGAUCCUUGAUGAAAACCUGCUCCAGAGUGCUCAGGACAUCAGACUGGGGCGAAGGUUCACCUUCCAACAGGACAAUGACCCCAAGCACACAGCCAAGACAAAGUAGGAGUGGCUUCGGGACAAGCCUCUGAAUGUCCUUGAGUGGUCCAGCCGGAGCCCGGACUUAAACCCGAUCAAACAUCUCUGGAGAGACCUGACAAUAUUUAUGCCACGACGCUCCACAUCCAACCCGACAGAUCUUGAGAGGAUCUGCAGAGAAGAAUGGGAGAAACUCCCCAAAUACAGGUGUGCCAAGCUUGUAGCGUCAUACCCAAGAAGACUUACGGCUGUAAUUGCUGCCAAAGGUGCUUCAACAAAGUACUGAGUAAAUGGUCUGAAUACUUAUGAAAAUGUCAUAUUUCCGUUUUUUUGCAAAAAUUGAUAAAAAACUGUUUUUGAUUUGUCAUUAUGGGGUAUUGUGUGUAGAUUGAUGAGGGAAAUAAUUUAAUCAAUUUUAGAAUAAGGCUGUAACGUAACAAAAUGUGGAAAAAGUCAAGGGGUCUGAAUACUUUCUGAAUGCACUGUGUAUAUAUAUAAUAUUUGGUACAGAAACCUUUGUUUGCAAUUACAGAGAUCAUACGUUUCCUGUAGGUCUUGACCAGGUUUGCACACACUACAGCAGGGAUUUUGGCCCACUCCUCCAUACAGACCUUCUCCAGAUCCUUCAGGUUUCGGGGCUGUCGCUGGGCAAUACGGACUUUCAGCUCCCUCCAAAGAUUUUCUAUUGGGUUCAGGUCUGGAGACUGGCUAGGCCACUCCAGGACCUUGAGAUGCUUCUUACGGAGCCACUCCUUAGUUGCCCUGGCUGUGUGUUUCGGGUCGUUGUCAUGCUGGAAGACCCAGCCAUGACCCAUCUUCAAUGCUCUUACUGAGGGAAGGAGGUUGUUGGCCAAGAUCUCAUGAUACAUGGCCCCAUCCAUCCUCCCCUCAAUACGGUGCAGUCGUCCUGUCCCCUUUGCAGAAAAGCAUCCCCAAAGAAUGAUGUUUCCACCUCCAUGCUUCACGGUUGGGAUGGUGUUCUUGGGGUUGUACUCAUCCUUCUUCUUCCUCCUCCAAACACGGCGAGUGGAGUUUAGACCAACAAGCUCUAUUUUUGUCUCAUCAGACCACAUGACCUUCUCCCAUUCCUCCUCUGGAUCAUCCAAAUGGUCAUUUGCAAACUUCAGACCGGCCUGGACAUGCGCUGGCUUGAGCAGGGGGACCUUCCGUGCGCUGCAGGAUUUUAAUCCAUGACGGCGUAGUGUGUUACUAAUGGUUUUCUUUGAGACUGUGGUCCCAGCUCUCUUCAGGUCAUUGACCAGGUCCUGCCAUGUAGUUCUGGGCUGAUCCCUCACCUUCCUCAUGAUCAUUGAUGCCCCAAGAGGUGAGAUCUUGCAUGGAGCCCCAGACCGAGGGUGAUUGACCGUCAUCUUGAACUUCUUCCAUUUUCUAAUAAUUGGGCCAACAGUUGUUGCCUUCUCACCAAGCUGCUUGCCUAUUGUCCUGUAGCCCAUCCCAGCCUUGUGCAGGUCUACAAUUUUAUCCCUGAUGUCCUUACACAGCUCUCUGGUCUUGGCCAUUGUGGAGAGGUUGGAGUCUGUUUGGUUGAGUGUGUGGACAGGUGUCUUUUAUACAGGUAACGAGUUCAAACAGGUGCAGUUAAUACAGGUAAUGAGUGGAGAACAGGAGGGCUUCUUAAAGAAAAACUAACAGGUCUGUGAGAGCCGGAAUUCUUACUGGUUGGUAGGUGAUCAAAUACUUAUGUCAUGCAAUAAAAUGGAAAAUAAUUACUUUAAAAUCAUACAAUGUGAUUUUCUGGAUUUUUGUUUUAGAUUCCGUCUCUCAUAGUUGAAGUGUACCUAUGAUAAAAAUUACAGACCUCCACAUGCUUUGUAAUUAGGAAAACCUGCAAAAUCAGCAGUGUAUCAAAUACUUGUUCUCCCCACUGUAUAUAUAUAGAGAGAGAGAUUUUAUUUAUUUCAUUUUUAUUAUAAUUUAAAAAAUAUAUAUAUAUAUUUAUUUUUUGUAUUAUUAUUAUUUUACAACGCAUUAUUUCAUCUUUAUUAUCCACAGUAGGUGACGGAAUGCACAGAUAAUUGUUGUGAACGCCAUUAUACCAAAGAAGAAGAAGCGAGCCAGAGGCAGGGAGAUAGGACAGGACAUAAAAAGGGAUGCUGAGAGUCCAUGUGUGUUUGUGCAAUUAUUACAAAAUAAUUAUUACUCACCAUUCAAAAAUGUACUUCUUGUACUGUCCACUUGCAUAGAUGGUGAAUAUGGUUUUGUCACUAUGAAGACAGAUGGAGCGUUACUGUCACAGAACUUUUACCAUAGAAUUAUGAAACUCUUAUUACUGUAACCAGAAACGUACCAAGAGAAAGUUAAACCAUUAUGUAUUACUUCUCACUGCAAUUCAACCACCUUAAUAAUGAUUUUAUGAUUGUCACCUGACAUACUAUAUGUAUAAAUUAUACUGAACAAAAAUAUAAACACAACAUGCAACAAUUUAAAAUAUUUUACUGAGUUACGGUUAUUUGAGGAAAUCAGUCAAUUGAAAUACAUUUAUUAGGCCCUAAUCUAUGGAUUUCACAUGACUGGGAAUCCAGAUAUAAUGCCUCACAAUGGGCUUCAGGAUCUCAUCACGGUAUUUUUGUACAUUCAAAUUGCCGUCGAUAAAAUGCAAUUGUGUUUGUUGACCGUAUCUUAUGCCUGCGCAUACCAUAAUCCCCACCGCCACCAUGGGGCACUCUGUUUACAAUGAUGACAUCAGCAAACCGCUUGCCCACACAACGCCAUACACGUAGUUUGCGGUUGUGAGGCUAGUUGGAUGUACUGGCAAAUUCUCUAAAACAACGUUGGAGGUGGCUUAUUGUAGAGAAAUUAACAUUCAAUUCUCUGGCAACAGCUCUGGUGGACAUUCCUGACAUCAGCAUGCCAAUUGCAUGCUCCCUCAAAACUUGAGACAUCUGUGGCAUUGUGUUGUGUGACAAAACUGCGCAUUUUAGGUUGGCCUUUUAUUGUCCCCAGCACAAGGUGCACCUGUGUAAUGAUCAGGCUGUUUAAUCAGCUUCUUGAUAUGCCACACCUGUCAGGUGGAUGGAUUAUCUUGGCAAAGGAGAAAUGCUCACUAACAGCGAUGAAAACACAUUUUUAAAGAACAUUUGAGAGAAAAACCUUUUUGUGUGUAUGGAACAUUUCUGGGAUCUUUUAUAUCAGUUAAUGAAACAUGGGACCAACACUUUACAUGUUGCGUUUAUAUUUUUGUUCAGUGUAGAUAAGAUUCUACUCGCCAUACACAUAUUUCUUUCGAGACAAUUCCACAUCUUGUCGGUUUCCUCCUUGCAUAUAUUUUUCAUUCUCUCUUUCUGUUCAGAGACAAAUUUCUUCACUGCUUCAAAACUGCUAGGAAAGGCCUUUGGUCCAGGAGGGUCACAGAGAGAAUCGAAACUCUGAAAAUAAAUUGACAAUGAAUUGAGUCAAAGACUUCUGGAGCUCAAACACACUUCACUGACAACAUUGUCUAAGGCAGAGAGUAACGUCACCUGGAGGAAAUGGAUGUGAUCCUCUAUGUGUGAGAGCUGCUCCAGCUCAGAAUCUCUCCUCUUCAACUCAGUGACCUCCUGCUCUAGUUGCUCCAGGAGUCCUUCAGCCUGACUCACUCCAGCCUUCUCCAGGGCUCUGACCAGCUCCUUCACCUCAGAACGCCUUCGCUCAUUGGAGCGGAUAUAUGAAAGGAUGUGCGUGGUACACAUUCUCUCAAAGUCAUCCACUGCUACCCAUGAAGACUCCUGUUAGGACACAAAAACACAGCUCUCACCAGGACUGUAAACCCCCUGUUCCUCUUGGCUCCCCAAACCCAGAGCCCCAGCACCAUUGACACCCCCAUCAUUUGAACCUUGAUUUAAACUCACCUUCAUGGCAUCUACAGCAUGUCUCAGCUCCUGCAGCUCCUUCUCUCUCAUCUGGGCUCUCUGCUUCCCUUCCCCCUGUGUUUCUCCCAACUGUUGCUGCUCACAAAUACAUCACAUAGCAUACUUUACUAGUAGAAACUCUGCCAUACCAAACACAUCACAUAGCAUACUUUACUAGUAGAAACUCUGCCAUACCAAACACAUCACAUCACAUACUUUACUAGUAGAAACUCUGCCAUACCAAACACAUAACAUACUUUAAUAGUAGAAACUCUACCAUACCAAACACAUCACAUAGCAUACUUUACUAGUAGAAACUCUGCCAUACCAAACACAUCACAUAGCAUACUUUACUAGUAGAAACUCUGCCAUACCAAACACAUCACAUAGCAUACUUUACUAGUAGAAACUCUGCCAUACCAAACACAUCACAUAGCAUACUUUACUAGUAGAAACUCUGCCAUACCAAACACAUCACAUAGCAUACUUUACUAGUAGAAACUCUGCCAUACCAAACACAUCACAUCACAUACUUUACUAGUAGAAACUCUGCCAUACCAAACACAUAACAUACUUUAAUAGUAGAAACUCUACCAUACCAAACACAUAGCAUAUUUUACUAGUAGAAACUCUGCCAUACCAAACACAUCACAUCACAUACUUUACUAGUAGAAACUCUGCCAUACCAAACACAUAACAUACUUUAAUAGUAGAAACUCUACCAUACCAAACACAUAACAUACUUUAAUAGUAGAAACUCUACCAUACCAAACACAUAACAUACUUUAAUAGUAGAAACUCUACCAUACCAAACACAUAACAUACUUUACUAGGAGAAACUCUGCCAUACCAAACACAUAACAUACUUUACUAGGAGAAACUCUGCCAUACCAAACACAUCACAUAACAUACUUUACUAAUAAAAACUCUGCCAUACCAAAAGGAAAGGUCUUUGAGAGUUCAACAUACUUAUCUUACUGAUAAAAGUUGCAUACAUUAUGGGGUAGUUUCUCAGACACAGAUCAAGCCUAAUCCUGGACUAAAAAGCAUUUUCAAUUGAGAUUAUCUAUUAAAGUUGCACUAUGCAGAAAUCGCUCCGCCAUUUCCUGGUUCAUAAAAUUCUAAUAGUUCGCCUAAUUUCAGUUUAUGUGACAAAAUAAGCAAGUAUAGUGUAGAGAAUCAUUGUACAAUCUAAACCGCUGUGAAAUAUAUUUUCCAUAACCAAAAAUAUUGUUGUUUCAGUUGUUUUAAACUGGUGUACAAAACCGAAAGUAAAAGACCCCAAAACAAAAUUUAAGCGCAGGAAGCAUAGAAAUAGCGCACAUUGAACAUAUCUACCGCUUCUUAGACUUGCUUUCAAGUAGAAUGACAGAUCUAUAACUCACAUUUCUAUGUUAAUUUGGUGAGGUCGACGAAAAAGUUACAUAAUGCCACUUUAAUCUUGCAUUUUAGUCCAGGACUAGGUUGCAUUGGUGUCUGGGAAACCCGCCCUUUAUGUUUUAGUGUGCUGGCUUAUGUUGAACUUGCUACUCUCUAAUGGUGGAUAUUACAUUGAAGGCAUGCUAAUAGAUUCUAGUUUUUGUUGGAUCGGUUGACAUUAAUGUUGUGUGGUUUGAUCCGUCCGAUAACAAUGCAAUUCUUUAUGUAAACAAGUAUACUGUAUAUCAUGGGAGAGUACUAUUCAGCAUCUUACCUGUUUCUCAGUCCUCUCUGCUGCAGCUGACACUGUAUCAUGGCCUUUAUGUUCAUCCAUUGUACACUGAUAACAGAUACACUGCUGAUCGGUACGACAGUAAACCUCCAGCAGUUUGUCAUGGUUUGGGCAAAUCUUCUCCUGUAGAUCUGUCAAUGCGUUGACAAGCUUAUGCUUCUUUAGUGGGGGCACAUGGUAGUGAGGCUGGAGAUGAGUCUCACAGUAAGAGGCCAGACACACCAGACAGGACUUGACAGCUUUGAGUUUUUUCCUUUCGCAGACGUCACACUCCACAUCUUCAGGUUCAGCAUAACAGUGUGCAGGAGGGGUACCUUGGAAAUCUGCUGUUUUCAAAUUCUCCACCACUUCAGCCAGCACGGUGUUUCUCUUCAAAGUAGGCCUUGGACAGAAGGUCUGUCUGCACUGUGGACAGCUGUAGACACCUUUCAGAUUAUCCUGAUCCCAGCUUUCUUUAAUACAGCCCAUACAGUAGCUGUGUCCACAGGCAGUAGUCACCGGAUCCUUCAUCAGAUCCAGACAGAUGGAGCAACAGAACAGUUCUAGAUUGUCAGCCAUUUUAGUGCUUUCACCCAAUGGUUGAGCAACAGAAUAACAAAGAUUACUUUCAGUUUCAUGGAACUCUACACCAGAGGACAGGGAGUGGCUUCCUACUUGACUGUGAACUCUGUAUGUAGAGGGGGUAUGGUUUCUUUGAUAAGGAAGUGUAACAGAGUGUUGCGUAGUAGGCAGAGAUGGUUAGUAGUUCUGUUACAUAUAUUUGAAAUACGUAUUUGAAUUACUUCUGAGUAUAGGUCAUUUGAAUUAUGCUGGGCUGAACUACACUACUGUAAUUUGUAUUUUCAAAAUAGUAAAUACUUUUCUAUGCCAUUUUGUUUUAUAGCGGUUCAGAAUAGUCUGGUGGUGUGAUAAGAGCGUCUGCUAAAUGAAGUAAAUAUACAUGUAUAUGUAAAAAUGUUGAUAAAUACUUUGUUGAAGGAAAAUGUACUUGAUACAAUUGUGAUAUGUUGUUGUCUCACCCAGCUAUCUUAAGAUGAGUACUAAUGCAUCAAUUGAAAGUCGCUCUGGAUGAGAGCAUUUGUUAAAUGACUAAAAUGUAAAUGUACAUUUUAUAACUACAGAGCACGCUGAGGAUUAUUCUAAUGAGCUCCGCCCCGAAUAAUAAUACCCAGUGUGCUUUGCAGUUAAUUUGGUAUGUUCAUUUUCACAUUUGCACUUGCAUUUUAGUCAUUUAGCUUAUCCAGAGUAACUUGCUCACAGAAAGAAAAAAGGUUUUGGAACCGUUACUGAAAAUGUUGUUGCUGUUCGGGCUGGAUACUUGCAAAUGUAUUUUUGUAUUUUUAAUUAAAUACAUUACAAAAUACAAGUAUUAUUUUUGAUACAUUGAUUUUUAUGGUAUUUUGUAUCUGUAUUUUGUAAUUUUAUUUUUAAAAUGUUUGCCCAUCCCUGGUAGUAGAAUACUCUGUAUGCAGGGUGUUUUCAGGGCAUGACCACUGGAGGCAAAGGACCAGUUGAAAAUAAGUUUUAUUAAAACUAAAUGUUUCACAAAUCACUUUCAAAAGGCAAAAUAAAAUAACUAGCUCUCUUCAACGCAUAAUCACUUUAAAGGGAUACUUCGGGACUUCCAGUUUUGGCGCUAACGCUAGUUAGCAAUUGUGCUAAUGCUAGUUAGCAACUUCCUUCAAACUGGUAUCCACGAGUUCAUCUGGCUCUGGGGAAGUAAAUAUAGGGCUUCAUUGCCAAAAUCCUGAAGUAUCCCUUUAAGUCAAAACUAUAACUGAAAUGUCUUUGGCCACCAUACCAAUCAAAACUACAUCAAAAGAGUUCAUCAAGAGGUCCAUAGUGUUUGAGAUAGUGGCUGGGUUGGUGACAACCAGCCGCAUGGUGGCUCACCAAACAGGCAUAGAGAGCUGACUGCAGCAAGGUGUACUGCUUAACUAGGAUGUGGCCCUAGUUGUAGAGUGGCUUUAAAGCCAAGUUAUGCUUGAUCCGAAAAUGUGGUUGGAGGCGCCGUAUGGAUGGUGUGUUGGAUGGUGUGUUGAUAAAUAGUCUCUCAGUGACUAGCUGAUUUGGUUAUGGGUACCAAGAUUAAUGUGGAGAGCACAGGGCCUGCAUUUAAUUCCAAAAAGUUUCCCCUCAUCCCUGGUUGUUAUAUUGUCCUCUCAGGUUCUACUGGCUGGUGAACCUGAACUCGACGGUAGUGUUUCUGGGUAUCGCCUACAUCCAGCAGUCAGUGGCCAACAACCUGGGAUUCCUCAUCCCCUUCAUGUCUGUGCUGCUGAUGCUCAUAACCAUACACAUGGUCCGCAACAACCUCAUCUUCAGGCCCAAGAAAGGUAACACAACCUCAAUCUCACCUGCAGGCCCAAGAAAGGUAACACAACCUCAACCUCACACACAGACUAUCUCACCUUUGUGUUACAGUGUAUGUACCUAUGUUUCUGUGGUCAAUUCUAGUAUUGAUGUGGUUGCUGUGGUCAAUUCUAGUAUUGAUGUGGUUGUUGUGGUCUGUUCUAGUAUUGAUGUGGUUGUUGUGGUCUGUUAUAGUAUUGAUGUGGUUGUUGUGGUCUAUUCUAGUAUUGAUGUGGUUGUUGUGAUCUGUUCUAAUAUUGAUGUGGUUGUUGUGGUCUAUUCUAGUAUUGAUGUGGUUGUUGUGGUCUGUUCUAGUAUUGAUGUGGUUGUUGUGCAGGCAGUUCCCUGUUGACCACUCUGGGGGUGUUCCUGAACUCUCUGAAGAUGUGCUGCCUGCACUACCGCCACCUGAGUGGGGGCGUGGCCAGCUGGCUGGACCGCGCCAAGGAGAACAACGGGGGGUGCUACAGUGAGACACACGUGGAGAACGUCAAGGUCCUGGCCAGGCUCUUCCCCCUGUAUGGCUUGCAGAUACUGUACCGGGCCUGUAUCACUCAGGCAGGUCAUUAUAAUGGAGAAUAUCAGGGCUCUACAUUGACAUGCUUCAAAAGGAGAUUUUUAGAGCAUUUUCAGGUCAUUGGCAAGUGCAAAUACAUCAUUUUUCAGAUGUUGGGGGUAAAACUGGCAAAUCUAUAAUGUUUAUUUAUGCUCCAAAAAGUUGUCCUAGAAUCUGUUGUUACCCUGACCUCUCCCACAGAUUCCAGCAGGUUACUACAUUCAGACCAUGAACUCUAACCUGCACCUGAACAGCUUCCUCCUGCCCAUCGGUGCCAUGAACGUCAUCAGCAUCCUACCUCUGCUGCUGCUGGCCCCUCUCAUGGAGUGUGUCACCUCCUGCUACCUGUCCAUGGAGAAAACACCCUUCUCCCCCGCCAGAGUCAUCAGUAAGCACACACACACACACACAGCACACACAGAGAUACAUACAGGCACACACACACACACAAGCAUGCACACACAUGCACAAAUACCAUCCUCAUUAACGAGUCAGUCAAUGUUAAUGUCUCUCUCUCUCCCUCUCUCUCUGUCUGUUUCUCUCCCUCUCCCCUCCUCUCCUCUCUCAGCGCUGGGUCAUGCGUGUGCGGCCCUGUCUGUCCUGGUAGCGGGCCUGUCUGAGGUCCACAGGAAGGGCUAUCCUCUGACGGAGCAGGCCCUGUCAGGGAAGGUGCUCCAGGUGUCCUCCAUGGCCUGCUUCCAGCUGGCUCCCCAGUACAUCCUACUGGGGCUGGCUGAGGCCCUCGUCACCCCUGCCUGUGAGUGACAGAGAGCCAGCACGUAUUUCUGACACACCUAUUGCUGCUACACUGUUCGUACACAGAGACAAACUGGGUUGGAGAUUUACAAUGUCAAUGGACACCAUAUGUAGUUGGGAUGAAGUUAGAAUGUGGAGUGUUGGAACCAACUGCCAACAUGGAGGAUAGUAUUCUGAACUCUGGAAGCUAGGGUUAGGAUGCCCCCUACUGGUGUAUUAGAGACAGACAAGAGACGUUUGAACCAAAUGAAUGCUUCUUUCUCUUCCCAGUCUUCCUCUCUUCUCUGUUCCAGGCUCUAUGAUCUCCUUCCACCUGACACCCAGUCAUAUCAGAGGCAUCUCCCUGCACUUCCUCACCCUGUCCUACGGAGGGGGCUGUUUCCUGGGAGCCCUCAUCAUCCAGCUGGUCUACCUAAUCUCUCGAGGUAAAGGCUUCACUAACAGAUGCAUCAUCAUAACCAUAGAAACUGAAGAGGAACAUACAUUCAUGUUGGAAUGGUUGAUGGGGUUCUGUCUGCAUUAUGGUGAUUCAGUCCUAUGGCCACUGAUAGCACUGUUCUCCUGUCCAACUACAGGUAACUUCUACCCAAACACACUGCAUGAAGGGAAUCUGGAGCAUUUCUUCUUCUUCUUAGCCAUGUUGAUGACCAUAAACACUCUGGUGUUCUGGUGGAUAUCUUCCAGGUACAGUAUGAGAACCUCUCAUGUAUCAAUAUAG